AGCGCACAUCUGCACUCCAGUGAGGCGUGGUCAGUCAGCGCUAACAGGUGGGCCCCUUCUGCACAGCUGCACGCAUCUCCAUCCGCAGGAUCUACUUUUUCUCUCCUCCGCCACCACACAAACAGCUAGAACAAAAUGCCGAAGUGCCCUAAGUGCCAGAAGGAGGUUUAUUUCGCUGAGAGGGUGACAUCCCUGGGAAAGGACUGGCACAGGCCGUGUCUGAAGUGUGAGAAGUGCAACAAGACGCUGUCGGCUGGCUCACACGCAGAGGGAAGCCAUACUGUCACAACCCCUGCUAUGCUGCUAUGUUUGGACCUAAAGGAUUUGGACGCGGUGGAGCUGAGAGCCACUCCUACAAAUAAACAGGAUAUACCCCCUCAGUGAAAUUGGUGCCUGGAAAUGAGAUGCUAAAAGCCAGCAUUGUCAGAAGUCGCAAUAAAAACCUGCAGACAAACUGUCCUCUCGUUCUGAGCGAACGCUUUGUGUGCAUGAUUUUUCUUUUGUCUUCAAUGUGUUAAGACUCAGUUUUCUAGUUUUGUAUUAUCAUGAUUCACCAUGACGUUCAUGUCUUGUCUCAUCCCGAUUAAACUUUUGUUUAAAUUUGUGCCAUUUUAAUAGCUUAUUCCUAUUUAAUUGUCUAGAUUUUUUGGAGGGUAAAGGGUAGACCUCUGUUCAGUAUAAUAAAACACAAUGAAAAUUUACAACUCAAGAUUUACGACAUAAUUAACCUUUUUUAUAUCUUAUAAUUAUC